GACCAAUGUCUGGAUCGAAUGAAACCAGUUCUUCAGUCAAAGAAUUCCUCAUUAUUGGAUUUGUUGGUUUCAGAGAUCAACAAAGCAGGAGAUAUUUAUUCGGAGUCUUCCUCACAGUCUACCUUUCCAUCCUUUUUGGGAACAUCCUGUUAAUCCUCAUUUUUCUAUCUGACAGUACACUCCACACCCCUAUGUACAUAUUAAUCUGUGGUCUGGCUGUUCUUGAUAUCGCCAUCACCACUACCACUGUGCCCAGUUUGCUAGUCCUAUUCACAUUUGAGUACAGACUCGUGUCGCUUGCUUCUUGUUUUACUCAGGCAGCGUUCUUUUUGGGCCUGUUUGCAGCUGAAUGCUUUCUCCUUGCCUUAAUGGCCUAUGAUCGGUACAUAGCUAUUUGCAAACCACUUCAUUAUCCUAAUUUAAUAUAUAACAGUCGCAUCACAAAACUAAUGGUCUGCUGUUGGAUGGUUGGCUUUCUUUGUGCAGCCCUUGUUGUGACUCUCCUUCUCAAACUCUCAUUCUGUGGGUCUAAUAAAAUCAGUCGCUCCUUUUGUGACUUUGGGUCUGUACUGAUUUUGGCCUGUGGGGACAUUCAAAUCACUAACUAUGUUGCUUUCACUGUUGCUUUGAGUGUGCUGCUUAUUCCUUUGGUGUUUAUCCUUUUUUCAUACAUGCGGAUAAUAUUUUCAGUUUUUAAGAUUGCCAGCUCUGAAGGACGUCUGAAGGCCUUCUACACUUGUGGCACACACAUGCUGGUCAUUUCUGUUUUUUUCUUGGUAGCCUGUAGUGAUUUUGUUGCAUUCAGGAUUCCUGGUACCUCUUUGGACACACGCAUUAUGAUUCCAAUCAUACAGAAUGUCUUCCCAGCUUUAGUCAAUCCCAUAAUUUACUGCCUGAGGACUAAGGAAAUCAGACAAAGCUUUAUUAAAACAUUAAAGAAAUUAAGAGUUGUAAAGGAUGCAAAAAAGAAUUAGAUUCAUUGAGGUUGCUGUGGUAGUGGAAAAACUUUCCUCUGUUUUCAAAGAAGUCGUUCACAGAGACCAGAAGAAAAUGAAGAACAAUUCUUUAUUUGUACACAGGUAUGCACAAAUGUCUCAGUCCUUGGAUUGAGCAAUCAAUAAAACAAUUCUUUAUGCUUUCCUGUUACAUUACCUCAUCUAAUACAUAAUGUCAUCUGACUCUUAAUAUGCAUAAUAUGCAGAGCUUCAUCCAAUCAACAAGUGCUACCAGUGUUUUCUGACUCUUUUUGACUCUCCCAUUAAUCUGAAUAUUGCCUUGUAAAUGGGGUGAUCUGCGGUCUCUUGUAUUGAUUUUAGCACCACUUCAUAAGAGGGGUGUUUGGGCUUCCCCAGUAAUUUAUUCCUGCUUUCUAGGGGGGUGUUUGUUACUCACUUACUUCAUUUUACUCUUAGCAACUCUCUUGGUGGCUCCUCUAAGAUGAGGCAAAAGCCUCACGCGCCUAGGCUUAAAACAGCAUUUAGGUAACUCUUUAGUUACAUUCAAUUCUUAUCCAUAUGUUUAAUAAUUCAUUGUUAUAACUUCAUAUAAGUAUAAACUAAUAAAAUUCUAUACUGUCAUAAUUUUACAAUCUCUUGUUUUUCUUGAUUUUAUUUUUAUUACAUUCAAAGCUACCUUUCAAUAAUUUAAAGUUAAUUGUUUCUCAUUUUA